AUGUUGGCCUAUAUUCUUUACUCCAAGCUUGACAUCACUCCAAGCAGCUCAUAUCCUCAUGGUACCUUUGUUGGAUGGUUUGAGACAAGAGGUAUAGAAAGAUGUCCAAGGCUAAGGGACCUCUACAACAACAUGAGGGACAUGAUCCAAGCUGACCUUGUUGACUUAAGUGUCAUUCCUGUGCUGAUCAAGCUCAUUCAACUAUUGGUGCUUGCAAUAGAAGUCACGUGGCAGGAAAGACUGGGAGUUGUGAGUUUCAAUUCCUAUCCUAAAAACAACAUGGGAUCCAGAGAUUGCCAAUCCCUGAAUGGGGACCACCUCCUCAUCAUCACACAGGAUGAAGGGUUACUUGGAAGGAAAAAUGGGAGUAAAAAGGUACCAAUUCCUCAGGACAAGUUAUGUGCCAAAUCGGGACAUUGGACCUUGUCCCAAGACUCCCCCAUCUACUCCUGGAGGGAUUUCAGAUCUGCAUUCAAAAAUAUCCCUGCUGUCAGGGCUACAGAUGAACCUGGAGAGGUGCCAGAUGGACCUGGAUUCCCGUAUGAAAAGUAUUGUAAUCAUGGCAGGUCUAUCAUUAGUCAUUCUCGUGGUCUUGGCAGUGGGCCUCAUUUGCCUGGUAGUGGCCUGGAAUACAAGGGACAAACAGAGAAACCCUCAGGCACAUCAGGAAAAUCAUCCGGGAUCAAAUCAGGCUUCAAUGAGCUUGACCAGCACAGAAAUGACAACAAGAAAAUAAAUGGAAAUCUUCAACUUGGAAUUUCUUCAUCAGGUUCAGCCAAUCCAACAGAUACUCUUGUGCAGCACACUGUGAUUCCUCCAACAGGUGUGCCUUCAGGGAGAGUGUCUAGUGUCUCUGGUGCCAUUUGCUUCCCUGAGCAUGUUGAAUUUUUCUUUAUCCAACCUGUUCCUCUCAUUUUUAUACAAGUCUUUUACCUUUCCCCA